UUGAAAAAUGGAAGCGCAAAUUAGAGAUUUUGAUAAACUCAAAUCAGAUAAACUUGAUGACGAAGGAGUUAAAACUGACACAUCAUUGGAACAGAUGAAAAUUGAAGGCUUAAUAGAGAAAUGUUUUGAUAGAUUUAAACAGUUGAAAAGCAUGGAUCCGUCUCUUCCAUAUUUCUAUCGAAGAGAGCAUAUAAGAUUUCUUGAACGUUCUUUGAAAAGUCUCUCGACUGGUUAUGAAUGCCUCGAUUCUUCAAGACCAUGGCUCAUUUAUUGGAUUCUGCAAUCAGCACAUUUGCUCAAUUUUAAAUUCUCGUCAGAAGUUCAAUCAAAUAUUAUUCAAUUUUUAAUAAAUUGUCGAGAUGCGAAUGGUGGAUUUGGUGGUGGCCCGUCACAACUUUCACAUUUGGCUCCAACAUAUGCUGCUGUCUUAAGUCUCUGUCUAAUUGAAACUGAAGAAGCACAUGCAGCAAUAGACAUGAACGGCAUUAAGAAAUUCUUAUGGAGUGUUCGAGAACCAAAUGGCGCUUUCAAAAUGCAUGUUGAUGGUGAAACAGAUGUUCGUGGAGCAUAUUGUGCAAUAACAGUGGCAAGACUUUGUGGAAUAAGUCCAAAUAAUAAACUUUUUGAAGGAACUGCUGAGUGGAUAGCUGAGUGCCAAACAUAUGAGGGUGGCUUUGGCGGAGCACCAGGCCUGGAAGCUCAUGGCGGCUACAGUUUUUGUGGAGCUGCUGCCAUUGCUCUACUCGGCAUACCGACGAAAUGUAAUCUUAAAUCAUUAUUAAGAUGGGCAGUGAAUCGUCAAAUGAAGUAUGAAGGUGGCUUUCAAGGUAGAACUAAUAAGCUUGUUGAUGGUUGUUAUUCCUUUUGGCAAGGUGCGCUAGUGCAAGUCAUUCAAAUGCUUAUUGAGAAAAAUUCAAAUAACGUCAGUGGUACGAAUAGCAUUGAGGAACUUUUGUUUAAUCGUGAAGCCUUACAAGAAUAUGUUUUGAUCUGUUGCCAAAAACCAAACGGCGGACUUAUUGAUAAACCCGGAAAACCUGAAGAUCUUUACCAUACAUGUUACUGCUUAAGUGGAUUAUCAAUAGCUCAAAACUUCAGUAUGAACGACCAGCCAUUAGUCAUAGGAAAUCCAGAUAACGAAGUGUUAGCCACCCACUCAUUGUAUAAUAUUUCAUCAAAAUCGGUCAUCAAGGCGUAUUUAUACGCUCAACGAAAUACAAAGUUUUUUGUUCAAACCCAACUAAGUAUCAACACGCAGAAUGUUUGUUUGUUAGUUAAAAUCCAAGUCCUUGGCCAGCCCUUAAGCCUCAACGUAAUGUCGGUCCGCUUUUCUGCCGAUUCUAUUGUCGCUCGAUCAAGCACUAACAUCGCAACCACCACUGCACAGAUGAAUGGCCGAAGUAACUUCAAUAGUACGAGCGGUAAAAUGGAUACUCAAGCGCUGAUGGACACCCAACAACAUCAUCAGGGCCGGCUUGGAACUCCGGAUGCUAACAACGCAUCAUGUAUGAGUUCUGACUUUACCAACAUCAACAACAAUAAUAAUAUUAAUAAUAAUAAUCAACUUGAACAACAACAUCUCAAAAGCACAUCACAAAUGGCUUCAUUUGGUGCCAACGCUCAAGAUUUGUUUUCUCAAUUACACGAAGCCUUGACAUUGGAACCGAAAUAUCAGCCAAACUUAUUUUUACCCCUGCAAUCAAAUGAUGGAGAAAUAACCAUUGGAACACGUGACGGUGCUGCACACGUCUUACGAUGCCUCAAAGUCUGGUAUGAUUUGCCCAACGACGUUCUUUUCACUGCCAUCAAUCUCGUCGAUCGUUUCUUAACUAAAAUGAAAGUUCGUCCGAAGCAUAUGGCUUGUAUUUCUGUAGGCUCACUUCAUUUAGCGAUUAAGCAGCUUGGAUUGUUGCCUAUCGAUACCGACGAUUUGGUUGCCAUCUCACAAUGUCGCUGCACUGCACGUGACUUGGAACGAAUGGCUGAAAUUAUUGCGAGCAAGUUAGGAGUUCAAAUGAGUUCACCACCCGUCAGUGGUUUGACAUUCAUUCGUUUGUUUUAUCACAUUUUCCGUAAUGCUGCCAAAGAGCUUGGACUUAGUGAGUUCUACGAAUCGGCAAUCAUUCUAUCGGAUUUGGAACAGAAAAUGGAGAUAUUGGCAUGUGAUGCGAGUUGUGCCAGUAUUCGAGCUUCAGAGUUAGCUUUGGUAAUGUUGUGUACACAAAUGGACGCCUCUGUAAGCAAACUCGAUGCUGGUGCACAUCAAAUACAUGGAUUGGUUGAUUAUGCUAUUCAGUUGCAAAAGUUGUGUCGUAUUCCAGACAGCACUUUUUUCCACACUCACAGCACCGUCGUAAAGAUUCUUUCGAACUACAACGGCCAACAAAAAAUGCCAUACAAACAACGUUUGGUGUGGAAAUUAUCAUCACGAACUCUUCGUAGUCUUCGUCCAACUGAUAAGCUUAAAGUCACUUCUUACCUGCCUACGAUCGAAGAAGACAACAAUAAUCUUCGAUUUAGAACGGGAAGUGUCAGCUCCGAAGAUGGAUCCGAGGAAGAUUGGCCCACGAGUCCGGUGGUCGCUGUUUGUGAACAGUGUUAGAGUAUUUCAUCAUCAAUCGUAAGCUUAACAUCAUCUUUAAGUAAAAGAAAAUUACAAUUUUAAUUUGAUUAAUGACAUUGAGAAUGCAUCGUGAAAGUUCUCAAUGAUCGUGGGGUAAAAUCAAGCCACACAUUAUGAGAAAUCUUUUCUUUUUUAUUACUUUUAAUUUUCAACAAGUUUUCUUUAAGAUUAUUUUUCAUUUUUGGUAUCAAAUUUUCCUCUUCUUUUGAGAGAGAGAGAAGGAAAAUAAAUUAAAGAAGAAAAAAAAGUCGACAGAAGACAUUGAAAUGAACAAUUUGUCUUGAGAAUAUUUCUCAAGAUUCUUUACUCGUUCAAUUGUCUCGAAAAAAAGAUAAAAAAAUUCAUAAAAAGAUUAAAAAUCUAAGCAAAAAAAAUUAAUUCUACUUCUAGUUUCAUAAAAACAAAAACACAAAAAAAUCAAAUAAUUUAAAAAAAGAAAAAGAAAAAAGUACAAAAAUCUUUUGAUGAAAAAAAUCAUAACGUCUUAGCCGUGUAAGUUAAAUAUUUGUGAGAAAGUGGAGCAAAACAACACAAAAAAAACUAAAAAAAAUGCAUGUUGUCGUACAGCAAAAUCAAAUGUAAAAUCAUUGCACGUUAAAUCAAAUCAUGCGCACUUUUAUUUCCAUUCGGGCUGUGUUUGCCGAUGGGAGAGCGCUUCUUGUUCUUUCUCGAGAAUCACUAAAUUAACUUAUACAUAAAAUAGUUAUUAUAAUAAAACAAAAAUCUCGUCAAAAAUUGUCUUCAAGUAAAGUUAACUUAACGGCUUUUUCUAUUUAAUCGUUCCCCGCAUCAUGAAGCAAACAAAACAAAACAUGAAAGUUCCGUUCUUUGUUUUUCCAAGUCUUCUUUUUUAUUCGAAUCAUUUAGAGCCAGUAAACUAGUUGAUGUUGAUUACAAUAACUUUUAAUACAAACAAUACACAUCAAUUAAAUUCAUUAAGAGUUACAAUAGAACAUAUAGUGGGGAUUAUCAGUGGUAGCAAAAAGUUUAAAUUUGUCCAACUCACGAUGACGUUUGAAUGUUUAGAAAAUAUUUUAAGUGAUAAUGUGAGUAGAUUUUGAGAAAGAAACUUUUUGUCGUUACUUAUUGUUCCCUAUUUAAUUGUCGGUGGCAGUAAUUUGGGGCUUUGCAACUUCUUAUCGUCAAGCGGCAAAGAAAAAAAUCUGUUUUUGGCUUUGACCGUUAUUUACUCGUCGUUUGAGUCAUUAAAAACGCGACUUGCUGAUAAGAAGUACGCGUGUAAAAAAAUUUAGUCUGAGUGACGGUGAUGCGGUGAAUAGAAAUUGGAAAUGAGAUCAAGGAAAGCCCCAAAUUCACUGUUUUCAAAUUAACUUGCUGAUUCGAAUUUGUCAAUGCAAAAUUGUUGUUGCUAUUGUAAUUCGAUUCGGCAAAUAAUUAGGAAGCCUCGAGAGCGAUUAUUUUAAUCUUUCAACUCCCACUAAGCGGACACAGAAUGAAAAAAAAGUUAUACAAUAGCUUAGCAAGAAAUUCAAAAGAAUAAACAUUCAGUCAUUGACAUAAACAGCCAAUUAAGGUUUUUGUUUAUUUUCAACAAGCGUUGAUGUCAUUUUAUAACAAACAUCCAAUUUCAUUUCGUUAUCUGACGAUUUCAAUUUAACAAGCCAGAAAUUCUUUUUUCAUUUCAAUAAUUUACUAGAAAAUUAUCAAGUUUCUCGUACUCUUCUAAACUGUUUAUUUUCAUUUGAUACUUUUUGUGCAUUUUCAUUUGAGUAUGAAAACGAUUGACAACAUGAUUUCCACAUUAAAUGAAUGCAUGAGAAAGAUAUCAAGAUGGAUUUUUUUAAUAUUAUUGUGGCAUAGAAGAUAUCUUGGAGAAAUCUUAAAGAUAAAAAUCAAUUUAUAUAUCGAAAGAAAAGGAAAUGUAUGAAUGGCUGAGGAAAUCAAACUGUAAAACAAUAUUUGCAAUUAAAUCAAAAUUGAUGUUUUACUCUCAAUGGUGAUUCAUGUUGCAAUCUUUUUUUUCUUCAUUUCUUCUCUGACUUAUGCAAUUUGCAUUCGAUGGUGAUUGGAACUCAAUUAAAAGAAUAAAGUAGGAGAAUAGUGAAACCGGUUUUUCAUAUUAUUGCCGUUCGCAUGGGGUGAAUUCAACAAUGAUGAGCGCGAUCAUAAAAAUCUCUUUUAGUCACAUAUUAAAAGCUUUCAUUUACCAAUCAAUUGUGAUUUUUCUUUUCAAACUGUGAUAGAAGAGAAGAAACAUUGGAAAAUGUUUAAAAUGGAAAUUAAAAAAGAAAACGUGACGUCAUUGUUAUUUGAGCCUCUUUUAUUUGCACAGCAAAAGUUUGCAAAAUAAAAAAAAACACUGAAAAGUAAAUUUUUUUCAACUUCUUUUCUUUCCUCAAGCAAAUAACGAAUGAAAGUUAUUAUUUAUAAAAAGAUGAAAAUAAACUUUACGAAGAAGAUAAAUAAACUAAAAAAUUAAAAACAAGCGAAUAUUGUGAUCUUUAAAAUUUAAAAAAUAAAUAAAAAACAAAAGAGAAGAAAAUAAAUCAUGAAAGGAAAUCCUGAAAUAAGAAGAAUUUCUCUCAUUAACGCGAACAUUUGAGUAACACACGCGUAAUAUUUGAAAAGAAUAUAUUUUUAAAACGAUCAAAUCCAACAAUCUUCAAAUAUUUCAAGGGAUUAUCUAACAACUUCCUUUUAUAAUUCAAAAAUCAUUCAAUCACUCAGAAGAUUUAUGACACCAAAAUCACCAACAUAAAAACAAAAACAUUUAGAAGAAUCUUCAAGAAAAAUCGAGAACAUCUUUGAACUACAAAAAUUAUCCACUCAAACCAUCAAGAGUGUUGAAUCUUUCUAUAAGGAAUAAUAGUUUUAGAACAUGAAUGUGAAAUAAAUAAAAUGUAAAGUGGAUGUCCGGAAAGGAAGAAAGUUUCGAAAAGUUUGAACCUGCAAACGAUCCAGCAAAUGUCAAAAAAUAAGCCAGUAUGCGAUCAAAUUUCAUUUCAAUUUUCAUUACGGUCAAUUCAUUCUUACCAUCCUGUCUUUUAUUAAAAGUUGGUAUUUUAAGCACAAAACCUGCAUGACUCGAACUCAUCUAGACUUUCUUCUUCUUGUUCCUUAAUCCACAACAAAAAAAAAUCAUAAAAAACCAUAAAUGUGAAAAAAAAGUUUCUGUAAGAGCGAAUUGAUGUAUUUAUAGUUUAAACAUUAAACAGAAGAUUAAAUCCCCCACAUAAUUAAAAGAAUAAUUAGAUUAACUUUAACUUAUUUUUAACUAUCCAUUACGAAAAGAUGAAAAUUGUGAACAUUUUUUUUGUUUUUUGAAGUGAAAUGAUAAUUGAUGAGAAAGAAAUCCAUUCAAUAAACAGAACAGAGAAAUUUACUACGCAUACAAAGUAACUGAAA